UCUCUCUCUCUUUCUGGCUCUGUUUUAUCUCUAUAUAUGUUGUCCCAUUCUUUCACCCUUGUGCUGCAUCAAAACCAAAAGGCUGUUAAUGCUCAAGCCAUUUUCUACGCUUAUCUUCUUCUGUUUUGCUUUUUCUCAUAAGCCAAACACACUAGGGAGAAAAACCAGGAAGUAGGAGGAAAAAGGACAGAAAAAAAAUAAGAGAUGGAGGAUAAAAAUGAUGGUUUGGGGUUAAGUUUGAGUUUGGGAUGUGGUCAGAAUCAACCUUCUUUGAAGUUAAAUCUCAUACCUUUAGCUUCACCCUGCAUGCAAAACAUUCAGCAGAGGAAUAUUUGGAAUGAGCUGUUUCCGUCUUCUGAUCGAGAGUUGGAUACAAGAUCGGUUCUUGGUGGAAUUGAUGUGAACCGAGCACCGGCAACGGCUGAAUGCGAGGAGGAAGGAGGGGUCUCCUCGCCCAGUAGCGCCGUUUCUAGCAUAAGUGGGAAGAGAAAUGAGAGAGACCCUGUGGGUGAUGAAACCGAGGCUGCGCGAUUCUCGUGCUCUCCUUCCAGUGACGAUGACGAUGGAGGCGGCGGCGUCGGCGACGAUGAUGCCUCGAGGAAGAAGCUUAGGCUUUCAAAGGAACAGUCGUUGGUGCUUGAAGAAACCUUCAAGGAACACAGCACCCUUAAUCCGAAGCAAAAGUUGGCACUGGCAAUGAAACUGAAUCUGAGGCCUAGGCAAGUGGAGGUUUGGUUCCAGAACAGAAGAGCAAGGACAAAGUUGAAGCGGACGGAAGCCGACUGUGAGUAUCUGAAAAGAUGUUGCGACAAUCUAACAGAGGAAAACAGAAGGUUGCAGAAGGAAGUGCAGGAGCUUAGAGCAUUAAAACUCUCUCCGCAGCUUAACAUGCACAUCAACCCUCCCACAACACUCACCAUGUGCCCUUCUUGUGAGCGUGUAUCUUCGUCUUCAUCUUCUGCCUCCUCCACCCCAAAGCAUCGUCAUCUGAGUCCCGAUCGUCAAAGAUCGGUGCCCGUUAGUCCUUGGGCUGCAUUGCCAUUGCCCAUUACUCAUCAACCAUUCAAUGCCCCUGCUUCUAGAUCAUAGUUCGAAUGUAUUUGGAGCAUGGAUACCAUUAA